UGCAGACGAUGUCCUCUCGUCUGAUACUGCACGCGCAUGUCUGCUGCACAGAAGCUGUCUUAUUUCAUUAACAAAUAAACUAUUUCUCUAAUAUUAUUCCAUCAGUUGCGUUCGAGGUAAGGAACGAUUCUCUAUUGUGGGAAAUGCCUGAAUUCAUCACGAUAUAUCAAAAUUGGUAUAUAAUAAGGCAAUUAACAUUAUUGUAAAAAUACCAACAAUAAAUACUACAGCUAAAAUACGGGAACUUGUUUCAACAAACAGAACUGAUAAUCAGCUAUAAAUUAAAAAUUUAAAAAGUGACGGUAUAUAAAUUGAUUUAACUAAUACCAGUUUUGUAUUCUAUUCUUUAAUGUAAACUUGACAAGUCGAUAUGGAAAAGUGAUAUUUACUAACUUCAGUAUAUUUGCAAAAGGCAGGCAAAUAUUAUUUCAAUAAGUGUUUGAAUCAUCUAUUAUAUUUAAAGCGGAAAUACCUUCAAUUAUAUUUAACUGUGUGUACUAAAAUAGCCAGCAAUUGAACAUGUAUUGUAUAAAAGGUUGAAAUUUGAGAAAGUUAGAGAGUAAAUACGAUAGCCUUCUAGGUUGUAUGCAUUAUACAUUUUGAAUGAUGCAAAUAAAGACAUUUAAAAAAGUGUAUGAAUGAUAAAAAAACAAUUAGUAAAUUAUUCAAUUAAUGGAAUAGAAUCUAGUACUAUGACAUAUAGAUUUUCAAGCCGACGAUAUUUUUUCUUUUGAGAAUAUAAGAUGAAAGGAUAACUACUCAAAGGACAAAAUUAUUUAAAAAAAAUACAACGUGUUUGAAAAUAGAAAAAAUCAAGAAAAGAAGUAAAUAAAUUGUUUUAAAGAGAAAAAGAUCUUUAGACAGACUGGAAUCUUUUUACCAUUUUCCUGCAUUUAUAAAAGGAAUAACUUUCCCUCAAAACAGAGAAAGACUGUCAAUUAUUUGGAUAUACCAUACUGUAUUAGCUACCAGGUAACAGGUGUUAUUGCUGUUAGAUAUACUGCAGAUGGUCGUGAAAUGUAAUCAAGAUAUCAACAAAACUAAAUAAUGAGUGUCGCAAUUGUGAGCCUUGAAGAUCAGAACAGAAUAAGAAUUGAGAAAUAUCAGGAGUGUCAGACCCUCAUAUCUCUGGAGGCAUCGAAUAAAAGCGACAAUGGCUGCGAACGUGUUUGGGAUAGUCUCUUGUGUUGGCCACCUACUGAAAAUGGAACUGUGGCAUCCAUGCCUUGUCCAAACUAUGUAAAUGGGUUUAAAAUAAGUGGGCUGGCAACAAGAACAUGUGACAGCACGGGUGAAUGGUGGGUCAAUCCGUUAACGAACGGCACCUGGACGAACUUUACUCUUUGCGCAGAUAGAAAUUCUGACAACCUGUACGAUGUUCCGAAGAUUAUUGCGGCACAUAUGGGUCGUAUUCAACUAAUGUACAACAUUGGAUACGGGAUCUCACUUGUCUCCCUUCUUCUGGCAGUCGCAAUCAUGAUCUACUUCAAACGUCUUCAUUGUCCCAGAAACACCAUUCACAUCAAUUUGUUCGUCUCGUUCAUCUUCCGUGCUAUCAUUUCAUUCGUCAAAGAGAACGCUCUUGUCAAUCAAGUCGGCUUUAGUUUUGAUGUAGAAGUCGCAACAAAUGGCAAUGUACGUUUCUUGGAAGACAGUUCGCACUGGCAAUGCAAAACGUUCUUUUCGAUGUUUAAUUACAUUCUUGGUGCCAACUACAUGUGGAUCUUUACAGAAGGGAUAUAUCUACACAUGCUGAUUACAGUUGCAAUGUUCUCGGAAAAAUCUGGAAUUAAAAAGCUCGUCUUGUUUGGAUGGGGCACGCCGAUUUUGUUUGUAAUACCAUGGGUUAUAGUACGUGCAACUUUAGAAGACGUGUUAUGUUGGAAUACGCAUCCUACACAUGGGUACUUCUGGAUGAUCCGAGGUCCAAUGGUUGUGGCCAUGGUUGUCAACUUUUUCAUAUUUCUCAACAUUAUAAGAGUUUUAUUCACCAAGCUGAACGCAUUUAAAACCCCGGAUGUUAAAAGGUACCGGUAUAGGAAAUUGGCCAAGUCAACGUUAGUCCUUAUUCCUUUAUUUGGGGUCCAUUACAUCGUGUUCAUUGGCCUACCAGAUGACGUUGAUGAAACUACCGAAUUAGUGAAACUAUACUGGGAAAUGUUCUUCAAUUCUUUCCAGGGUUUCCUAGUCAGUCUGUUGUUCUGUUUUCUAAACGGAGAGGUACAAACAGAAAUAAAGAAGAAAUGGAAACGUUACAUAAUAAAGCGCGGUGGAAGUGGAUUCAGACGGGCGGGACGAGAAACUAUGACGUCAUAUGUCUCACGCGCGCGCGGUUCUGUUGCGUCAACAAGUGCCACAAUGGAAAAAGACAUACCAAAUGGCAAAACACGGAACAACACAGAUAAAAAUACUCUUAACGGGGGCUCGUCUUCAGAUAAUUCAGUACAUAAUGAACAAAAUGGACUUGUUAUAGGCGACCAUGAAGCCCACCCGAUGAUUGAAAUAACUCCACCUGCCGCGCAGCAUUACAGAAACGAAGAUUCGCCAUUAAUGUUUAACAAUAAUGAAAACAUAAAACAUGAAGAGCCACUAACCAAAGAUUGAAUAGAUAUGCUCUCAUAUAAAUAAAGGUAUUCAUCUUCCCGGAACUGAUGCCGAUUACACAGUUACGUCAGUUCCUGUUUAUAUUUUUCUUAUCUGUGAUAGACACACGUGUUUAAACGUGAAUUUGGUAACAAAGAUAUUAUCUUAUGAUUUAUAUACAUAGAGUCAGUGAUGAUUUCACCAAAAUGUGGCAUCAUGAAUAGUAGAUAAACCUACAGAAGAUAGGUGGCGUAAUUAAGAGGUGCAUAUUUUGGCGCUAAAAUUACGGCCACAUAAAAAAGUGCAUAGAUCUGUCUUCGAGCUUUGAACAAAGGUUGCUUAACAAUGAUAGCACAAACGGACUUUCAAGUCAUGAUGAGAUGAUAUAACAAUAUGCUAACGUACUCGAAUGAAUAUAGAAAUACCACACAUCCUAAGUAAAUCUAAAAUAUAAAUUUUGUCUUUUUGUGUGUUAUUAAUUAAAAAUGAAGUAGCAAGUAAUGCUGUACAGUAAUUGUUAUAUAUGAUAGCGUUCACGGAUUUUAUAGUAGCAUUGCACUGUGUUCUAUGUUUUUAUAGAUCUUAUACAGAGAUGAUUUAAAUUGUAAACAGAUGUUUCUUAAUUGUAAAGGUGCCCGUGAUGUUACCGUAGUAAAUUGCGGUAAAUGGUUUAAAAAAAAAGUUCACCAAAAAUACACCUUUACCGUACAUAUACAGAAGUAUGAUAAUGUGCACGGAUCAAAACUGGUAUGGUUAUCUAGUUAUCCACUUCAAUUUAUUGGGCGUAUUUCUGGCAAUGUAAAUAGAAAGAAAUAGUGUAGAUAACUAUAAUUCUUCUUUGGCGGGAUAAA